CGAAAAUAAUAAUCAUUUCUGUUCUCGUCAAAAGACUGACGAAUGCUGUGCGCGAGAUUUUAUUUAUUUGCUAAAAUCAUACUCUCGACCAAUAAAACAUACAACGAUAUUGUUAACUUUUACGUGCGGUAAAUCUGUUAUCGACACCAAGAUCGGACUCGCAUUCUCGUGCAUUCUCGCGCACCACGUGUUGCAUGUAUCACAUCUGACAUCACCCAGUAUCACGCAAUGUCUGUUACGAGAGCGUUACAGGGUUAGAAUAACGCCGUAACCGGCACUUUUCGGAUAGAAAAGAAGCAACGCUUGAUUGCCUCUACGCGAAUAAGUACACCUCGACGAUACUUCCUUAGUUCCUUGCGAAGUGCAAGCACUGUCACGAAGAAAUUUUGCGAGAUCGUCUCGUUCGCCUUGAUCGCGGAGGGACUGGAAAACUUGUUGGAAUCUUCAGCAUAUUCUAGAAAUACAUUUUUUUUUUUAGGGAGCAAAUCUCAUAUAUACGGAAUAAGGAGUGCAUACACACAAAGAAGAAUGUCAGGAACAUGUAUAAUGCUCCUUCCCAGCUCCAGAAUAACGUAUAGCUGGCUUCAACAGUCUCGCGCGGCAUAUUUAUAUAAAAAUGUGAUCAAAGAUUUGCACGUGCAGAGAGCAGCGUAUUACUGCAUUUCUGUGAAAGACAAGAACAAACAUUUAUCUCAGGCAAAGGAUUUUGAAUACACAAAUGUAGCAACUAAAAGAUUACGUUCAAAUGUUAGAUUGGAAAAAUUAACACAGCGAAGCCUCGAUGAAUUUGGAGAAAAGUAUAGUAACUCUCACAGAAUUAAUCAGGAAAUCGGACUCCCAAAAAAAGUGGAGCACUUGUACCCAGAUCCAAAAUCUUCUUUAUUAUCUAUUUAUGCAAUAGUAGGUCAUGAAUUGAAUGACCAAACAGUUUUGAAAUUAAAUGUUAAGAGCGUUACUGUAAAUAGAUCUAAACAAUGGGAAGUUACUGUUAAUGUCAAAUGGCCAGAAGUUAUGUCUUUUAAAGAAAUUGGUAAAUCCAAAUCGGUCAGUACCAAAGCCGCAAUUUGGAAGUGCUUGCAGUGGCUAGAAACGAAUGGCAAGUUGAAAAACGGCAAACCACUUGUCUACAGUGCCGGCGAAUUGCAGGACAUGCGAACAAAGCUUACCGAAUUAAAUGUUACGCCUGAAAUUUUGAACAAUAUGAUAGAGCUGAUCGAGACUUACGACACGGAAAUUCACAAUCUAAUAUUGGAAGAUACUUACAAUUUUGACAAAGCACUGUAUCGGACUAUGUCCGACCAGCAUCCGAUACUCGAGGGAAAUGCUUACACAGAUGUUUUCUGUCGCAAUAAAACCUUGAGGGACAGAUUAUUGGAAAGACGUACCGACGCUGUCACCUUACCAAUCCACGAGUUUAAGGAUAAAAUUCUCUCCGAGCUGGAAAGCAAUCGAGUUCUACUGAUAGAAGGUGACACGGGUUGCGGCAAGACUACCCAAGUCCCGCAAUUUAUAUUGGACAGUUUCGCGCAGAAGGGGAACGCUACGGAUUGCAAUAUAUUGGUGUCGCAGCCGCGUAGAAUCUCGGCGCUCUCUCUGGCGGAUCGCAUCGCGCACGAGAGGAAGGAGCAGGUGGGCGACGUCGUGGGCUAUCACGUGAGACUGGAACAGGUGCUGCCGAAGGAACUUGGCGCGAUACUCUUCUGCACCACUGGUAUACUACUGCGAAAAUUGCAGAGCAAUCCCGGCUUAGAGGGAUGCUCGCACGUCAUCCUGGACGAGGCGCACGAACGCCAUAUCGACACCGACAUGCUGAUGAUUAUGCUCAAGAGAGCCCUGAAGAGAAAUCCCGAAUUGAAAGUGCUGAUAAUGUCGGCGACCAUAAAUACGCAUAUGUUUCAACAGUAUUUCGAUUGUCCCACCGUACGUGUACCCGGUAGACUGUACUCCGUAAAAAUGCAUUUCUUGGAUGAUAUCGAGCACCUACCGUAUAUCGAGAAGUACAGAACGUACAGCAACUACGACCGUACCAACGAAAAUGAAGACGAAAAACUUACGGUCGAUUGUGAGAAGAUGGUGCAAGUAAUAAAAUGGAUCUCGUCGCGCAAGCCGCCCGGCGCUAUUCUGUGCUUCUUACCGGGAUGGGGUGAAAUCAUGAAGGUGCAGAGCAUGCUCGAGGACGCGUCGUUCUAUAGUGAAAAUCAGUUGAUUUUACCGAUACACUCAAAAGUAUCGCACAACGAACAGCGCAAAAUCUUCGAGCGUACGCCGGAGAACGUGCGGAAAAUUAUCUUGGCCACGGAUAUCGCUGAAACGGGUAUUACGGUUAGCGAUGUGGUGUACGUUGUAGACUCCGUCAUAAAGAAAGAGUCGCGGUGGAACGAGACCAAAGAUGUACCCAGUAUAAGCAAUUGUUGGGUCUCUCGGGCAAACGUUCUACAGAGGAAAGGGAGAGCUGGACGAGUUAAAUCUGGCGAAAGUUAUCACUUAAUCUCACGAGAGGACUACGAGAAAUUACAGGCGCAUCCGAUACCGCAGUUGUUAUGCAAUCCAUUGGAAAAGGUGGUUCUCGACAGUAAAACGUACACGGACGAGAAAGCGGAGGAGUUUCUGAGUGGACUACUUGAACCGCCUACUUCAACUGCAAUACGGAAGGCGGUAAGGACCUUGGUAAAUCUCGGAGUUAUGGACAAUGAGGAGAAUCUUACGGCUCUAGGCAAGCGAAUUGCGCAUUUCCCAACGCAUCCUAAAUUCAGUAAAGCUAUGGUAUAUUCUUCCAUCUUCAACUGCAUACAUCCGGUGGUAACGAUAGCCAGUAUUUUCUCUGGCGAAAAUAAUGUUUUUUCCAAUGUAUUGGAUCAGAAGUUUAAAAUCAGGGAAAAUAAAAGAAUGUUCCAUCCAUCCAGCGAUCACGUCGCAAUGGCAUGGAUGUUCAAGCAGUGGUCUACAUACAGAGAGACAAGUCCCCAUUUAAUAAUGAAAUUUUGCAGAGACAUGAAACUCCGACCGAUCAGAAUACAAAUACUGAGUCAAAUACGAAAUACGUUUAUUCAGCAGUUGAUAUCGUGUCACAUGCUGACCAAAGAUCCGUCCCAUUACGAUUAUAUUAAAGCUAAAGUUGCAGCAAACAAAUUUGAAGACAACGACGAGCUAGUGCGAGCUGUGCUGUAUUCCGCUACGCAGCAAUUGAUACAGCAUAACAAUAUGGGAAUUAAGAAUGGAAUCUUAAGGAAGGGCGUUAACGAUCUCCGAAUACAAGGCCGUUCUAAAGCUGUAAUUUCGGGAGAAAGUGUUAACUACAAACGGAAAGUUUGGCCGAGUUCCUUCUUAACGUACUUCAACGCCGCGCACUGCGAGAUAAGACGUAGCACGGUGAUUCGCGAAACAAGCAUGGUAUCACCUUUGACAGUAUUACUUUUUAGCCGACAAGAGCCUCGAUAUUAUGAGCUGGACGAUAACAAAGUAGAAAUUGGGAUUAAUGUUAAUGCGCAACAGCAUGUAAAAUUUGUUUGUAACAGAGAAACUGCUAAUGUGCUCUUCAGAUUUAGAGACGUUAUGUGGUCUCUAGUGCAGUACUUAUUGGAAACGAAAGGAUUCGCCGAGUAUAGAACUGAUCUUAACUCAGAACAAUUGUUAGAGUACAAAGAGAAAUUAUUCAGCGUAUCAGAGUACAAAGAGAAAUUAUUCAGCACUCUUGCGGAGACCCUGCAGUUGUCGGCUAAAUCCAUAGAAAAUUCAGACAAAAAUUCUUUUUCUUAAAUAUAUACAAUAUAAUAAAUAUACAUAAUAAUAAUGUUAAAACUGUGACACUAUCUCGAGCAACGUAAAGUUACUUGUGUUAUGUUUUUAUUAUUAUGUACUUGUUAUAUGUAUAUUUGUGUACAAAUAUAUCAAAAAUAAUGUAUG